UUAAUAAAAAGUGGAGAAAAGGAAUCAGUGUAUCAAAUGCUUUUCCUCCUCACUGUAGAUAAAUGAGGGGAACACUUAUUUUAAAAGUGCCAUGUUGACACUGUUUUGGAGUUGCAACACUGAGUUCAAAUGACUGCAAACAAUCCCAUAUGAUACUUCAUCUGGUGCCCACUCUAAAGCAAAACUAUAUUCUUUCCAGUUAUUAAUUUAAAAUAACUUUCAUAUUAUCUGUAAUCGAAUGUGUUCCAUCCUACAAUUCCUCCUUUAAAACCCUUGCCUCACACUUGAAUUGCCAGGCAGGAGUUUAUUUUACUAACGUGAUUGUUUCUUUAACCAACGUGACAAAAUAUUUUGUCUUUUUUAUUUAUAAUACAGAGCUUAACUGUAGAGACCUACAUUUCGGUUGGAUAAAGGAGGGUACAUAAAUUAACCAAUAUCAAAAGCGUAUGUUGGUUGAUUGUUGUGGGUUUUUCCAUCUUCACACACACACACACUCGAGACCGGUGUAUGUCCUGGUUAAGACUAUCCGGGUCCCCACAUGGUCAACCCCUCCCCCACACCUAUACCCGCGCGCGCGUCUGGAGCUAAUGAUUGCAUCUCGUGACUCACUCACUGGAGGAGCAGGUGAAAACGCAGCAGAAAUCAACGUGUUCGUCUCCAAGGUUUUCACUCAUGGAGAGAAGACGACGACGACUUGGACCAAUCCAGGAUGCGGAGUACCAUAUCCAAGCGGGGAUUGAUAAACCAUGUCUCCAGCAGCGUUUUAUCAAUAAUUUUAAAGGCCGAGGUGUUUUUGCCACUGAACUCAUAUACAGAGGCGACUUUGUAGUGGAGUACCGAGGAAAACUACUGUCACCGCAGCAGGCAGAGCUCCAAACUGAGUACAAUGAGUCUGCGAAGGUUUUUCUUUUUGAUUUUCAGUGGAAGAGUAAAACAUGGUGCAUUGAUGCAUGUGAAGAGGACUCCUCCCUUGGGAGACUCGUUAAUGAUGACCACAGACGACCUAAUUGCAAAAUGAAAACCAUAAAAGUAAAUGAGACCCCACACUUGUGUCUCUUCGCGGUUAGAGAUAUUACAGCUGGAGAAGAGUUGACUUACAACUACGGUGACUCAAACUGGGCAUGGAGAGCACAGCAGGUUAACAAGGAUGUACUACCUAGCGUGAAACCUGAGAUUGGGAGUAUAAAGUCUGCUGCUGCUAUAGUACAUGCUGAUUCAGUAGGGACUGAACUCACCACAGUCACAACUGCAGACUCACAGCCUGCUGACACAGCCCCCAAAACACACUUCACUGGCACGGACACCCUGUUCAACAUGCCCGUCUCAGAUGAUAAUUUGCAGAGUGAGCGCUCGAAGGCCAGGAUUGACAAAUUAAAAGCACACCACAAUAGGUGUGAAACUCGGUAUGAAUCUACGGCAGAGAAGCGAAAUGCUCUUCAAAGACAGCGAACCUUACUCCUACUGCAAUUGGCAAACUUGGAUAAAAUGCUGGACCCAGAAUCACAUCCAGUCACUCAACCAGCAGAAGAUUCUGUGAUACCCUCAUCAACAGACACACAGGUUGCUUUCCAAAACAUGGACACAGAUUCCAGCUCUGCAGAAGAUGGGAAUGUGUCCCACUCCAAUCCCAAGCUGGACCCAGAAUCACAUCCAGUCACUCAACCAGCAGAAGAUUCUGUGAUACCCUCACCAACAGACACACAGGUAUGGUCAGAAAUUGACCAUGCAUCUCCUUCAACCAGCGAAUGUGUACCACCAAAAAGAACAGAGAGUGUAUUUGUUGCUUUCCAAAACAUGGACACAGAUUCCAGCUCUGCAGAAGAUGGGAAUGUGUCCCACUCCAAUCCCAAGCUGGACCCAGAAUCACAUCCAGUCACUCAACCAGCAGAAGAUUCUGUGAUACCCUCACCAACAGACACACAGGUUGCUUUCCAAAACAUGGACACAGAUUCCAGCUCUGCAGAAGAUGGGAAUGUGUCCCACUCCAAUCCCAAGCUGGACCCAGAAUCACAUCCAGUCACUCAACCAGCAGAAGAUUCUGUGAUACCCUCAUCAACAGACACACAGGUUGCUUUCCAAAACAUGGACACAGAUUCCAGCUCUGCAGAAGAUGGGAAUGUGUCCCACUCCAAUCCCAAGUUUAAAAAACAAAUGCUUGGAUAUGAUUCUGAAGACUCACUAAGCAGCAUGGAAAUAACAGAGGAUGAAUAUGUGCCAGGGUCUGAUUGUGAAAGUGAGACCAGCUCAGAGGGAGGCAGUAUAUUAAAGAAAAAUUCUGCCACCAUGGCCAGUCCUGCUGUUAAAAAUGAAACAAGAAAAACAUACAAGGGACAUAGAAACCGGAACUCUAAAUCUGACACAUCUGGGGAAAGCUCCAUUACUUCACUUACAGUCAUGCACAGUCAAAAGACUGACGAUGGAUCUAGAAGAUACACCAAAAAACAUUACUGUCUCUUUUGUGAGAAACCACAAUCCAAAAUCGCCAGGCAUCUGGAACUUGUUCAUGGAGAUCAAUCUGAAGUCGCUAAGGCCAUUUCAUCUCCAAAGAACUCCAAGGAAAGAAAGCUCCAACUGACUAUACUAAGGAAACAGGGGGACAGAGCACACAAUGUAGAUGUCAUUAGAAAGGGAAAAGGUGUCAUUGUUCCAUGUAAACAAACAAGUUCUCCAAAUGUCAAUCCAAAUAAAUUCUUACAUUGUGCAAAUUGCCAAGGACUUUUCAAAAAAAGAUUUCUUUGGAAACAUUUGAAAAGGUGCCCACUUCGAGGUGUUCUUCCAAAACCGGGUAGAACUCGAGCCCAAUCGAUUUGCGCCUUUGCGCAACCUGUGCAGGAAGGAGUUAGCAAGGGACUGUGGAAACUUCUCAGUGACAUGAAACAAGGUGAAGUGGUAGAUGUCAUAAAGAGUGACCAUUGUAUCCUCAAGUAUGGCGAACAGAAAUACAACCUCAUGGGACACCGGCGUUCUGAUCAUGAACUGAUCCGUCAGAAAAUGCGUGAGUUAGGGAGACUGGUUUUAAAAGGAAGGCAGGUGUCCCCUCUCAAAUCACUUGAGGAGUACAUUGAUCCAGCCAACUUCCAACACACAGUUAAUGCAGUUAAAGCUGUUACAGGCUUUCAGUGUGAAACAAAUAAGAUAGCAGUGCCAACUCUAGCCAACAAACUUGGUCAGAGCCUCAUGAAGGUUGCCGACAUUGUAAGUUGUGAUGCAAGGAUCUCCGGUGACACAACAAAAGUUCAAAAAGCAGAGGACUUCAAACACAUCUAUCAGACACGCUGGAGGGAGAUGAUCUCAUGUCAUGCUCACAAUACCCUGGAAGAAAAAAGGUACAACGCUCCACUGAUCUUGCCAUUUGCAGAUGAUGUCAAGAAACUCCAUAUAUAUUUAAAGGAGAAACAGCAAGAAUACUACAGCACACUUUUUAAUGCACCGAACACCAAGACCUGGGCAAAACUGGCUAAAGUCACUCUUGCACAAAUGAUCAUCUUCAACAGAAAAAGGCAAGGAGAAGCCUGUCUGAUGCCAGUACAAUCAUUCGAGUCUCGAGACAAAUCUACUUUAAAUAGUGAUAUUGCUGACUCUCUCUCAGAAGUUGAACAAGCACUAUGCAAGUACUUUAGUCGUGUAGAAAUCCGUGGAAAACGCGGAAGGAAAAUUGCAGUACUUUUGGCACCGGAAAUGAUCAAAUCCAUGGAGUUGCUGGUUAAAACACGUGAAGUUUGCGGUGUUCCGAAGGAGAACAUCUACAUGUUUGCAAUCCCAGGCUGCGAGACAUCAUUUCGUGGAUCAGACUGCCUGCGCUGCUUUGCCAUGGAGUGUGGUGCUAAAUGUCCAAAAGCCCUAUCGUCCACCAAGUUGCGCAAACACAUCUCUACAAUGUCCAGAGUUCUUAACAUGAACGACACAGAAAUGGACCAACUUGCUGAUUUCCUGGGACAUGAUAUUCGUAUCCACAGGAAAUAUUACAGAUUACCCGAGGGAACACUCCAGCUGGCAAAAAUCACCAAAGUAUUGAUGGCAAUGGAGCAGGGAAGGCUUAACGAAUUCAGAGGGAAAGGUCUUGACCAGAUCAGCAUCAAUCCAACAGAGUGCGUUGAGCCUGAUCCUGGGAUAGAGAGUGAAACCGAACUGUCAGAUCAUUCUCAUGAUGUGACGUCAAGUGAGACAGCAGGCACUUCAGGAGUGAAUAGCAGCAGGCCAGUAAACACGAAUGAAGGAUCUCCGGAGAGGACACGGGAGGUCAUGAAAGUAACAUCAGUUCCUAGGAAGAGAAAGUGGAGUGAGGUGGAGAUUGCGGCUGUAGAAGAGACAAUGAUGAAAUUUAUUCACUCGGGAGUUACUCCUGGAAAAGUCGACUGCGUUGCAUGCAUUACAGCAGCCCCCAAAGCCCUCGGUGAACGAGACUGGCAGGCGGUGAAGUAUUAUAUAAAAAACAGAAUCACAGCAUACGAGAGAAAGACCUCAAAAAAGUAAGGUGGAUUUUGGAUGUUGAUUCCGUUUUUGCGUUUUAGUUGAUUUAUUUUGUUUUGUUUUGGUCUCAAUACCAUUGUUGGAAACAUUAUAUUGUAAUUUAAGUUUUGAAAGAGUUAAAACGGCUCGAUGUUGGUUGUAAAUUUGGUGCUUGGACUUCUUUUUUUUAAGUCUGCUGGCAAAAUGCUGUGUCAGGUGAUAAGGAGUUGGUGUAAAUGUUGUAGUUUUACUGUACAGUAGCCAUACGACAGAGUGAGUGCCUAUAGUUUUCAAUGCCUUUAUUCAGGCCCCUUUACGUUUCACAUUUUAAUUUUAAAUUGAUUAAUUUAUUUUCUGAUGGCACAUCAUAAAAACUAUAUGUUGUAAUAUCUGGUGGCAAGCACGGAACCCAUACUGUACUGAUUAAAUUUGGCUGUAGAUUCAA